CGUCCCGCGGAUGUUUACCCACAGGUUGCGCUCGGACGGUUCCUACCCCCGGGAGGGAGGAGACACCGAGGGGGAGGUCUCUCUCCCUCCGCCCUCCCGAGCGAGGAGGAAGUUGGAGAACAAAAGAGCGAGCGGCGGAGGGAGAGGCCGGCGGAGGGGCAGCGAUAGCCCCAGUGAGGGUGAGCAGGAGGACCAGCAGCUCACCGUGUCGAUGUUACAACCUGCCGCGCCGCCUCUCCAAGUCCCCGAUUUGAGGAUGGACGGGCUCUCGCUCACCAUCAAGAGAGACACCACGUCAAGGACUCUACCACUCCUGCUCUCAAGUGUUUCCGGCCUCCCUGGAGCCCGCUAGACGCUGACAAAGGCCGUCCUCACCGCUACGAUGUCGACUUCAGGUUAUCCAACGGGAGCUUCACCCUACCCCGUGGGGCAACCCACAGGGUACCCAGUGCCACCGUAUGGUUACCCACAGCCUGGGUACCCCCCACAGGACCCCAACCAGCCUCCCCCUCCCGGCUUCCUUCCUUACCCUUCUGCCCCCCCAGCCACAGCGCCCUACCACGGUGGCCCGCCAAUACAGAGUCCGCCAGCCAGCGUACACCACAGGCAUCACGAAGAAGACCCCGGCAUCAUCCAGGCCCCCCUGAUGGGCAGCGCCAACUGUCCCCCUGGACUGGAGUACCUGAUGCAGAUUGACCAAGUCCUUAUUCAUCAGAAGGUGGAGCUGGUGGAAGCUCUUUUGAACUUUGAGACCAAGAACAAGUACGUGGUCAAGAACAGCCUGGGCCAGAAGAUCUACAGUGCCAAGGAGAAGAGCAAUUGCUGCACACGCAACUGCUGCGGCUCCCUGCGAUAUUUUCACAUGAAACUGAUGGACAACGACGACAGGGAGGUCAUCCACCUCGUCCGGCCUUUCAAGUGUGCCAGCUGCUGGUUCCCCUGCUGCCUCCAAGAGCUGGAGGUCCAGUCGCCCCCGGGGACCACCAUCGGCUACGUGAAGCAAACCUGGCACCCGUUCCUGCCCAAAUUCUCCAUCCAGAAUGUGGAGAGAGCGACAGUCCUACGCGUGGUCGGACCCUGCUUCUCCUGCAACUGCUGCGGGGACGUCGCCUUUGAGGUAAAGCCUCCGGAUGAGUCUCGGAACAUCGGCCGGAUCAGCAAGCAGUGGAGCGGCAUAUUAAAGGAGGCUCUGACGGACACGGAUAAUUUUGGCGUGCAGUUCCCCAUGGACCUGGACGUGAAAAUGAAGGCCACACUCUUGGGAGCCUGUUUUCUCAUCGAUUUCAUGUUCUUUGAGCAAGGGCCGAACGCCAAACAGCGAGGUGGAGUCUGGCAGUAAGCUCCGCCCUGCCGUGUGGACGCACAGAAGGCCGCGAGGAGCUGGCCGCUUGGACUGGACUGGAGGCACUGGAAGGCAGCUCACGGUCCAGAACAGUUUACGCAAAAGCCAGGAGCGAUCUCGCUGUGGGCUGGGAUCGUUCUUGUCUUUCCGGAGGGAGGGUAGCGGGAGAGUGCUUCGGGAUAUCUAACUGUUCAGCUGCUGAUAUGGAACUGUCUUGGCCAAGGCCACCUCCCACAGCCUCUCUGGCUACUGCUACUGCCCUUCCCCCCGCGACUGCCUCCUACCCCCAAAGAUUAAUCGCUAAAGCUUUACAUGUGAUCGUCGUUCCCAGAGGAGGACCUUCUCCACAUCAGAUCCCGAGGGGCAGAUCAGGAGAUGCUGCCACCAGUGGGAGAGGCUCGAACGAGGGGGCAGUCUUGCAGGAAUAAGACCAUAAGAUACAGGGACAGAAUUAGGCCAUUUGGCCCAUCGAGUCUGCUCCACCAUUUCAUCAUGGCUGAUCCAUUUCCCUCUCAGCCCCAUCUCCUGCCUUCUCCCCGUAUCCCUUCAUGCCCUGACCAAUCAAGAACUUAUCAACCUCUGCCUUAAAUAUACAUAAAGACUUGGCCUCCACAGCUGCCUGGAGGAGGUUUUAUGCUGAGGCGUGUGGGAGCCUCUUCUCGCGGUGGCUUUGGAGGGGGGAAUGGUCAUUGAGGUUCUGUACCCCGCCAGCGGGGGGAAGGGAAUCAACAAGUGAUCAGGGGAUCAAAGGCAUGGGGGUCUGGGGCCAAGGAGGAGAUGUGGCCUGGGCACUGCAGCAAUGAUAGUGCUGAGUGCCAGGGAAGGUUAGAAGGGCCAAAUGGCCUGCUGUGAUGUCCCCGCGCUCCCUUCCCUCCUCUGGGGACCGCACUAACCCUCAGCCUGGUCGCCCACUUUGCGCGCGAUGAUGCAAUACUCUUGAAGGGUGCAGGGCUAAGGGGAGGAAUGAGGGGUGGGGAGAUGAUGAGGCCCACCCUCAGGCAAUCCACGGCACAUGCUCUUCACUCUCCACACUCAGCUGGGCUGGGGGCCAGGACCUCCCGAUACAAGGGUCAGAGCUGGUUCAGUUACUCGACUAGAGAUGGAGGUGCCCAGCACUGCCUGCUCAGAGGCUGCAGCAAUGAGGAGGGGAAACAUAGCACAGUGUGUCUUUCUGCA